AUGUCGACCAGGCCUACCCGGGAAGUCAAACCUCGUCUUGAUGCAGAUGUUGAAUGGAAUGGCUCCUUCUUCCCAGCCCAAACACAACGCGCCCCAUCAUUGAUCGCGCACAGCCCAACCUACACCAAGACCCAGGUCAUGAACCCGCUAUUCCGCCAGGUCUGUGACCAUUUUCUGACCUCCCGACGAUGGUACUGGUGGGGCGAGGAAAAGAAGCUGUCCCUCUCCAAGCCAUACGUGCAUUCCUGCACCGCCAUGAGGAUCGGGCCCGGGGGCAAGGCACAGCCAUUGCAUCGAGAUGACUACAUUAGCCAUCGUUAUCACGCCGAAAUUAGUCAAUGGGACUAUGCCCGCGACAUGGAGGGCGAGUCGGCCAUUGGUCUCUUCGUCGCCGGCUGUCGCAUCACCAAGGAAAACGGUGGCACGCAGUUUAUUCCCCGCAGUCAUCUCUGGUAGGCGCAUUGCUCCCAAGCCGGUACUGUUCUAAUGAACAUUUGGGCAAGCUAACACAUCAUUGUGCAUUGUCUUCUGAUCCUAGAGUAUUUGUCCGCUGGAGUGGCCCAUAACUUCA